AUGCCUCUCCAAAUUGCAAUUAUAGGGGCCGGCCUCGGCGGCCCAGCACUGGCGCUUGAGCUCCUCAAGGUGCCUGGGAUCACUUGUACCAUUUACGAACUCCGGCCCGAAGGCUAUGAGCAAGGCCAGCACAUUUCAUUGGCACCUAAUGCCAUGCGCAUAAUGAAGCACAUCGGAGUUAUCGAGAAACUCAAUGCGAUUGGACACACCUACGAAGCACUUCAUCUAUGUAAUGCCAAAGGAGCGCGAAUUGCCACCUUCCACAACGGACACGAGAAAGAGUACGGCUUUGGGGCCAUGCGUGUUCACCGACGCUAUGUUCAACAAGUCCUGAUUGAAGAAUGUAAAGCCAAAGGUGUCGAAAUCCGGCAUGGGAUGAAAUUGAAGGAGAUUCGUGAAUAUGAAGCUAAACGAACAGUCGAGAUGAUCUUUACGAGCGGACAGACCGCACAGGCCGACUUCAUCGUCGGCGUCGACGGACUGCACUCGGCUGUCAGAGACUAUCUGGCCCCAAAUGUAGAACCGGUGUACGCAAAAAUGCUCGGAGUGACAGGCUUUCUGCACAGAAACAGAUUGCACUCGUCAGCAGGCCGAAUUGGUCUGCCGGCGCAUUUCAUCGGCCCUAACGCAUUUAUCGCCAUCAUGCCAUCAGAUGUUUGGGGCAAUGAUAUCGGCUUCUUUUCCACGAUGGACUUUAACGAGGAGAAAUCUCGGGAAGAUUGGGACAAACUUUUCCACGACAAAGACGCCAUUCGAGCGAUCCUCCGCGAACUGUUCAGCACGGAGAAAGGCUGGAGCGACCUUGUUGCUGAAUUGUGCGACACCGCCGAGGAGGAGUCGUUAUGCUCAUGGCCAUUCUUUAUUGCACCACCCCUUCCCAACUGGUAUUCCCCCAGCGGCCGUGUCUUGGUCAUGGGCGACGCAGCUCACGCCAUGAUUCCCACGGGAGGUCUAGGCGCCUCACUCGCCUUCGAGGAUGCAGAAUGUCUUGCUCUUCUGUUGAAACAUCUGGCUCCCUCGCAUCUCAACUCCCAUUCUCUUCAGCAGACCUUGCCAAUCUGGGAGGCCCACCGUCAACAGAGGUUAGCACUGGUCCAGGAAUUCACCAACCGUAACAGACGACUAAGACAACCGGGCGGAAGCUGGCAGUAUUUGAAGGAAUGGUUUGUAUGGCUGUUCUUCAAGGUGAUGGGUCGUGGAGGGCAAGCCGAGGAGAUAUACCGGUAUGACACGGAGGUGUUUGCGAAGAUGCUGCCGGCUGUUUGA